GCUAGCAGCAUUUUCCAAGCCUCGAUUUAGUUCCAGUGAUUCUGAAAGGAUCUGAGGUUUCGAAGUGCUGGAACUCAGGCUGAUCUUUCAUUGCUGAGGAAAGUUGGCGAGCAGGGACGUGAGGAGCAGGAUCAGAGGCUGCAAUGGACCAUGAGAGGAAGUCCCGGAGAAUUGGGAUCGUAGGUUUCGGUCACUUAGGUCAGUACCUGACAGAGAUGAUUGAGGAACAGGGGCAUCAGUAUGGCCUUGAACUGGCCUUUGUGUGGAACAGAAACCAGAAAAAGAUGGAAGGGAAAGUUCGAAAGGAAGUGCAGCUGGAGGAUCUCAGCAUGUUUGUUGAGCGAUGUGCUGACCUCAUUGUGGAAGUAGCUCAUCCUCAGAUAAUAAAGGAUUAUGGUGAGGAGUUUCUUAAACAUGCGGAUUGUAUGGCUGGUUCUCCUACUGCAUUUGCCGAACAGGGAGUGGAUACUAAAUGUCGAGAGGCAGCUAGCAGAUAUGGACACACCCUGUACAUACCCAGCGGAGCACUCUGGGGGGCAGAGGAUAUCCAAAAAAUGGCUAACAGAGGAACUCUGAAGGGCCUGAAGGUGACAAUGAGCAAACAUCCAGACAGCUUCAAGCUGCGAGGUCACCUGCAGGAGCUGAAGGAAAGCAUGAAGGGCCAGCGGGCUGUGCUGUAUGAUGGGUCAGUGAGGAACUUGUGUGAGCUUGCACCAAACAACGUGAAUACCAUGGCUGCUGCAGCCAUGGCCGGACACACUCUGGGCUUUGACUGUGUGCAAGGCAGCCUGGUGGCUGAUCCUGGCCUGUUGAAUUUUCACAUUGUGGAUAUUGAAGUAACUGGUCCAGUAAGCAAGUCCUCAGGCCGUGAGUUUACAGUGAAGACAAGCCGGAGGAACCCUGCCCCCCCAGGGGAUGUGACAGGCAUGGCUACUUAUACUUCAUUCUGGAGCAGUGUGCUCAAUUGUACAGGUCAUGGAGGCAAACUGUUUCUGUGCUGAGGAGUCAUCCAGGUUGGCUGCACUGAGGAAUAGAGUCGUCCUUUCAGGUCCUCAGAGGUACAACCAUCUUGCAAAAUCAUAAUAAAGUGCUGUUGCAAACUA